GCGGGCGGGCGGGCGGGAGGGUGGGGGCGCGGUCGGGCAGCCGGCCUUGGACCGGUAUGGCGGACCGGCGGCGCGCGUGGAACACGGAGGAUGACCUGCCCGUGUACCUGGCGCGGCCGGGCAGCGCGGCGCAAACCCCGCGCCAGAAGUACGGCGGCAUGUUCGCCGCGGUGGAGGGCGCCUACGAGAAUAAGACCAUCGACUUCGACGCGUACAGCGUGGGCCGCCGCGGCUCGGCGCGCACGCCGCGCAGUGCUGGCCGGCUUGAUGCGGUCGGCCUGCCGGGGCCCGGCGGCAGCGAGGACACGGCCAGCGACGUGAGCGAGCCCUCGGGCUCGGCCGUCAGCUCGCCGGGCGAGCGCGACGACAGACCUCCCGCGCUGCGCAUCCGCUGCCCCGCGCCCCGCGACCUGCCACUCGGCCGGGACAAUGGCCAGAGUGACCGACUUCUCAUCAAGGGUGGACGCAUCAUCAAUGAUGACCAGUCCUUCUAUGCCGACGUCUACCUGGAAGAUGGACUCAUAAAGCAAAUAGGAGAGAACUUAAUUGUUCCCGGUGGAGUGAAGACCAUUGAGGCCAAUGGGCGGAUGGUUAUUCCUGGAGGUAUUGAUGUCAACACCUACCUGCAGAAGCCCUCCCAGGGGAUGACGGCUGCUGAUGACUUCUUCCAAGGGACCAAAGCAGCGCUGGCGGGCGGGACCACAAUGAUCAUUGACCAUGUUGUUCCUGAACCUGGGUCCAGCCUGCUGACCUCCUUUGAGAAAUGGCAUGAAGCAGCAGACACCAAAUCCUGCUGCGACUACUCUCUCCAUGUGGACAUCACCAGCUGGUACGAUGGCGUUCGGGAGGAGCUCGAGGUCCUGGUGCAGGACAAAG